AGCGCCUGCAGGGAGGAGCGCGGCGGCCAAUCACCGCCCCUCUGGAGACUCCAGCAAAUGGGAAGGAGGUUGACAUCACGCGCCAAUCGGCAUGGCUUUUAGAGAGAGCGACUCACUUUUUGAAUUGGCUUUGGCUGUGGCCGCGGCCGGCGAGGAAUGGCGGUAACGGUGAGCAGGACCUGUGCUUGAAAAGGUGGAACUUCCAGGGCGUCCUCUGAGAGUGCCAUCAUAGAAGAGAACAAACAAUGGCUGAUAAUAGUGCAUUAACAUCCACUACUGGCAGUACAAGCUUGGCAGACACUUCCAUUUUUGAUUCUAAAGUUGCUGAAACUUCUAAGGACAACUUAUUUAUUGGAUCUACUUCAUGUGUUGAAGAAGAAAUGCCUCAGAUUGAAACAAGAGUCAUACUAGUUCAAGAAGCUGGAAAACAAGAAGAACUUAUAAAAGCCUUAAAGGAAAUUAAAGUGCCAUUUGUAAAGAUGGAAUCAGUUGAAGAAUUUAAAAGUUUGGAUUCUCCAGAAUUUGAAAAUGUAUUCAUAGUCAUGGACUUCCAGGAUUCUGCCUUUAAUGAGUUAUACAAGGCUGAUUGUAGAGUUAUUGGACCACCAGUUGUAUUAAACUGUGCAGAAAAUGGAGAGCCUUUGCCAUUUUCAUGUCGCCCACUCUAUUGUACCAGCAUGAUGAAUCUAGUACUAUGUUUUACUGGAUUCAGGAAGAAGGAAGAACUAGUCAGAUUGGUGACUUUGGUUCAUCACAUGGGUGGAGUUAUUCGAAAAGACUUUAAUUCAAAAGUUACACAUUUGGUGGCAAAUUGUACACAAGGAGAAAAAUUCAGGGUAGCUGUGAGCCUAGGUACUCCAAUUAUGAAACCAGAAUGGAUUUAUAAAGCUUGGGAAAGGCGGAAUGAACAGGACUUCUGUGCAUCAGUUGAUGACUUUAGAAAUGAAUUUAAAGUUCCUCCAUUUCAAGACUGCAUUUUAAGUUUCCUGGGUUUUUCGGAUGAAGAGAAAACCAAUAUGGAAGAAAUGACUAAAAUGCAAGGAGGAAACUAUUUACCAGUUGGAGAUGAAAGAUGCACUCACCUUAUAGUUGAAGAGAAUAUAGUAAAAGAACUUCCAUUUGAACCUUCAAAGAAACUUUAUGUUGUGAAACAAGAGUGGUUCUGGGGAAGCAUUCAAAUGGAUGCCCGAGCUGGAGAAACUAUGUAUUUAUAUGAAAAGGCUAAUACACCUGAGCUCAAGAAAUCAGUGUCACUGCUUUCUCUAAAUACCCCAAACAGCAAUCGCAAAAGACGUCGUUUAAAAGAGACACUUGCUCAGCUUUCAAGAGAGGCAGACUUGUCACCUUUCCCUCCCCGUAAGCGCCCAUCAGCUGAACAUUCCCUUUCUAUAGGGUCACUCCUAGAUAUCUCCAACACACCAGAAUCUAGCAUUAACUAUGGAGAAACACCAAAGUCUUGUACUAAGUCUUCUAAGAAUUCCACUCCAGUUCCUUCAAAGCAGUCAGCCAGGUGGCAAGUUGCAAAAGAGCUCUAUCAGACUGAAAGUAAUUAUGUAAACAUAUUGGCCACAAUUAUUCAGUUGUUUCAAGUGCCAUUGGAAGAGGAAGGACAACGAGGUGGGCCUAUCCUUGCACCAGAAGAAAUUAAGACUAUUUUUGGUAGUAUUCCAGAUAUCUUUGAUGUGCACACUAAGAUAAAGGAUGAUCUUGAAGACCUUAUUGUUAAUUGGGAUGAGAGUAAAAGCAUUGGUGAUAUCUUUCUUAAAUAUUCCAAAGAUUUGGUGAAAAUCUAUCCUCCCUUUGUGAACUUCUUUGAAAUGAGCAAGGAAACUAUUAUUAAAUGUGAAAAACAGAAACCAAGAUUUCAUGCUUUUCUGAAGAUAAACCAAGCUAAACCAGAAUGUGGACGGCAAAGCCUUGUUGAACUUCUCAUCCGACCAGUACAGAGGUUACCCAGCGUUGCGUUACUUUUAAAUGAUCUUAAGAAGCACACAUCUGAAGAAAAUCCUGACAAAAGCACUCUAGAAAAAGCUAUUGGAUCACUAAAGGAAGUAAUGACCCAUAUUAAUGAGGACAAGAGAAAAACAGAAGCCCAAAAGCAAAUUUUCGAUGUUGUUUAUGAGGUAGAUGGAUGUCCAGCUAAUCUUUUAUCUUCUCACCGAAGUUUAGUUCAGCGAGUUGAAACAGUUUCUCUAGGUGAGCACCCCUGUGACAGAGGAGAACAAGUAACUCUCUUCCUCUUCAAUGACUGCCUGGAGAUAGCAAGAAAACGACACAAGGUUAUUGGUACUUUUAGGAGUCCUCAUGGCCAGACCCGACCCCCAGCUUCUCUUAAGCAUAUUCAUCUAAUGCCUCUUUCUCAAAUUAAGAAGGUGCUAGACAUACGAGAGACAGAAGAUUGCCAUAAUGCUUUUGCAUUGCUUGUGAGGCCACCAACAGAGCAGGCAAAUGUGCUGCUCAGUUUCCAGAUGACAUCAGAGGAACUUCCAAAAGAAAACUGGCUAAAGAUGCUAUGUCGACAUGUAGCCAACACCAUUUGUAAAGCAGAUGCUGAGAAUCUUAUUUACACUGCUGAUCCAGAAUCCUUUGAAGUAAAUACAAAAGAUAUGGACAGUACACUGAGUAGAGCAUCUAGAGCAAUAAAAAAGACUUCAAAAAAGGUUACAAGAGCAUUCUCUUUCUCCAAAACUCCCAAAAGAGCUCUCCGCAGGGCUCUUAUGGCGUCCCAAGGUUCAGCAGAGGGAAGAAGUCCUUCUAGCAAUGAGAAACACGUCAUGAGUCGUCUGGCUAGCACAUCGUCAUUAGCAAUGACCCAUUCUGUUUCCACAAGCAAUGUAAUUGGAUUUACUGAGCAUGGUUAUGUUCAGCGCUCAAACUCUACUGGUGGGCGCUCUCAGAACUCCUGGUUUCGAUCUGGCAUCCCAUCUCCCUCCCUUGUCAGUCUUCCUGCCUUCUUUGAAAGGAGAAGCCAUACUUUAAGUAGAUCUACAACUCAUUUGAUAUGAAGCUUAAAAAAAAAUCUUAAUUUGUGCAAAGUUAUAAGCACCUCAUACUCAAAUAAGAAACUGACUUAAAUGGUACUUAAUGUUAACACUUGGUGAAAGCUGGAAAGAAGGUAACACUAAACUAUGCCAUUUUAUUUGUUUCUUGAAAGAGUAAGGUUAACCUCUGACAUUUUUUGAGUUAAUUCAUGUAAAAAGUUAUAUUGAUUUUGGUGUAAUUUUUCUCUUUGUUGAAUCCAGUUGAAGACCAGUCAUUUAAGUUAUUCAUGAUAAUAGUAACUUUGCCACAUGAUACAGUAAAUAAAUUUUAUUGGUUGAUGCCAAAUACUGCUGUAAAUCUCUUUGUAUAGUGUCCAUGAAUGAAUUUUUGGAAAUAAAUAUGUAUCUCAGUUUGUUUAGAAAUGAAGUGAUAUCACAAAUGAAAACCUGCAUAGAUCUCUAAAUAGUGGGUUCCGGGUUCACAUACUCUGUUUAGUUAUUUAACUGCUCCUUUUGCAGUUUAUUUUAUAAAUAAAGAUAUCGCAUGUGGAUUUUGAAAGAUUUGCCACUAUUGACAAGAAUAACAGUUACAGGAGGUGGUUUCAGAAUUUACUUGCAAAUUGAGAUAAGGACAAAAGGAUUAAAAAAUCAUAUAUAUUUUGCACAAACAUGAUACUGAUGUAUACUUGUUUCAGGGCCAGUAUACUUUAUAGUGAUUUUAGCCAUUGGUAACUUGGUUUAGUUUGAUAGUGUGUGGUAUUUUAUUUGGAAAGAUAAGACCAUGAGGUGAUUGUGGUAAGUGGUUUAUACUCUUUAUGAAAUAAUUACUAAGUUGGCUAAUCUACUGUAAAAUGCAUAGAUAUGUGUAUGGUUAAAUUUUUAUUGUGGCCUCAUAAUUAAAUGUAAAAUUGAAAUACACUUACUUGCUGUUGUAAAAUAUUUUUCAAACUCUGAUUUUAUCUUUCAUAAUAGGGUUUCAAUAGUAGUACAAAAUAAUCAAGUUCCUAUGAAUAAAUGCAUUGUUAUUUCCUACCUGUUUAGGGAGUACUGCAAAUGUUUGUCAUUUAACAAUUUUCAAUUAUCUGUUAUAAUACUUUAACUGACUAUGGAUAUUUUUCUAUGCCACAUAUGUACCACUUUUAAAUAGUGAAUGCUCCUUUAUUGCUAUAUUUUAAAAGCAGUUUUAUUAGGGAGAACUUUGUAAAUAAAUUCCUAAAAC